AUGGCUAGAAAGGUAGCUUGGAAAGAAGUCGGACCUGAUGCAGGCAUCUCGAUACUAUCGCCUGCUUAUGUUACGUCAGGAUCCGAAAAUGUGGUUUUCACAUCUGGAUGUGUUGGCGUUGAUGCCAUCUCUCAAGAACUACCAGAAGAUUUAGAGCUACAGACGAGAAAUGCUUUACAGAACUUAAGCAACGUGCUGAAGGCCAGCGGAUCCUCUUUAGACCAAGUCGUUAAAGUACUGCUUUUUGUAGCAGACGGCUCGUACGCUUCGGUUGUUAACAGGAUAUACCAGGAGUAUUUUCCAAACAGUCCCGCCAGGUCGUGCAUUGUAGUGAGUUUCCCUAACCCUAAAUUAAAAGUAGAAUUGGAGUGCGUCGCCGCGGCAAGGAAGAAAAGGUGGUUCAAGUUGUAA